AUGGAUCUCUAUGUUGGACCUGAUGAUAUUACUCCAGAUAAGGACUAUAAACAUGUCCAUAAAUGGAUACGGAACACCAUUCUACGACUAUCAGGAAUUUCCAUUGAGGGACUAGUCAUUACUCCUGAUCUCUUCAAACGACAUUUCCACAUGGCCGAAUUUUCAUCUGUUCACAUUUCCUCCCUCUUCAACCCCAAAGACAAGCAAGAUGUUAAACUUGCAUUCAAUCUACUCAAAGAUAUUUGGAGUCUUCCAAGCAUGACAGCAACUGAAUCACUCGAAAAACCAUUCCAGUCCCAGAUACGGGAGGCAAUUCGAGUUUAUGGGCAGCUUUGUUGCCACCUUGUAUUUCCAUAUGUCUGUAUAGAGCUAUCAUUGUCUGAGCAGCUCGAGCAUCUGAGUACAGCUGCUCAUCUUGCUUUUGCUCUAUAUUCCUAUCAAAAUGCGGGUAAACAAUUCAUGCCUACUACUCUAUACGUUGACAUUAUGCUUAUGGUCCGUAACGCAUACUUCUGUGUUGCCAAAAGCAAGGUCGAUGAUCCAGAUGGGGAAUUUUGGUUUAUACUACUGGGUAUGGACCGCCUCGAGAUUUUGUUUGAAGUUGCCAAUAUCUUGACACAGCACCCUGAGUGGCAGAAAACCCCUCGUAGACUUAAUCUGCCAAGCCUGGAUAGAAAUGACAAUGUCAUUUCAGAACGAGUAGAUCAUCUCAAUCCGAAGUCUUGGCAAGGAGAUGUCCACACCCAGGCUGUUUCUCUCCAGACAUGUUGGAAGCAAGGAAGGAAAAUAAUUGAGGUAUCCUAUCCAUUUGCUAAAGAGGUACUUACCAAUGCAGACUGCAAUCCUGACAUCACACUUUUAUCUCCCUUUGGGACCCUCCUUGUUCGCACUCCUCUUGAUUCCGAUGACGUUGAAGACAAUCACAACCUGAAAUCUACAUCAGAAGAAUCACCAGAUGUCAUGGAAGGUUCUCGUAUGGUAGAAGAUGAAGCCGCUAAUGCGACUUAG